AUGGCGACCUCCGACACUGGCUCGAGCACUGCAGCGCCAUCGGAACAAGACAAUCCUAAUACUGAAGCUCAGCUACCGCCGCUCGUCAUGCAAAUCGUUGUCCGCCGAGACUUGCUCGAUUCUGAGGACUGGGGCGUCGGGCCACUGAUGGCGCAGGCUGCACACGCUACAGCUGCGGUGCUGCACGAAACGAAGGACAGACCGGAGACCCAAGCAUACCUCGACAAUCUCACACACAUGCGGAAGGUCGUCCUCCAGACAGCGGACAGGAGCAGCAUCGAGCGCCUGCACACGCUCCUCGCGUCCUGCACGCCACCAGUGCCGCACCAUCUGUGGGUCGAGCAACCUGAAGACGUCCCGACGUGUCUCGCGCUCGCGCCGAAUCGGAGAGAGUCCACCGUCAGGAAGGCGUUGGAUAAGGCGGGGUGUCGGCUGUGGAAAGGCUGA